UAAUUUGAAAUAACGUUACUUAGAGCCGUCUCUUUUAUUAAAAAAAUCAUUUUAUUACUUCGCUUGAUUUUGCCUAGGAUAAGUUAAGACGCGGCGUCACCGAUAUAAAGGCGUUGGCGAUAAUGAGCAAGACCAAAUUUUUAAUCAGUAACGAUAUGGUGGCUUCAAAAGAUAUGUUAAAUCCUUUUGUUCAUCAUCUAGAACUAACUUCCACCUACGACAAACUUAAGACUGCGUUCUUUACUAUAGUUGUUUUGCCAAUUCGUAUUGUCAUCAUAUUGUCUUUAUUGACAUUAGCAUGGAUUCUUGCAACGAUUGGGUUGAUGGGUCUUAGUCAAGAAGAACUAUCAGCAAAACCAAUAACUGGAUGGCGACGUUGGAUGAAACGUACAGUUUAUGUGAUCACCCGUACAAUGUUUUUUGCCGUCGGUUUUCAUCGGAUACGUGUGAUCGGCGAACAAGCCACACGACAACAAGCACCAGUACUGGCCGUGGCACCUCAUUCUUCUUUUUAUGACGGUCUUGUCGCUAUUGUAGCGGGUAGCCCAAUUUUAGUGACCAGAGAAGAAAAUUCUACAAUACCUAUAAUUGGAAGAGUAAUUAAUUUUACGCAGCCCGUCUAUGUUCGAAGAGAUGACCCAGAAUCUAGACACAACACGAUACAAGAGAUAAUUCGACGUGUAAAAUCCGACCAAGAAUGGCCUCAGAUUCUAAUAUUCCCUGAAGGCACUUGCACUAAUCGUUCAUGUUUGAUAACGUUUAAACCUGGCGCUUUCUAUCCAGCUGUACCCGUACAACCGGUUCUACUACGAUACCCAAACAAACUUGACACUGUUACAUGGACUUGGGAUGGUCCAGGAGCGCUAAAACUCUUGUGGUUGACAAUGACCCAACCAGCCACGUCAGUUGAAGUUGAGUUUUUGCCGGUGUACGCGCCCAGUGAAUAUGAAAAACAAAAUCCUAAAGCAUUUGCUGAAGGUGUCAGAAAUGUGAUGGCUAAAGCUUUAGCUGUACCAACAGCAGAUUACACUUACGAUGAUUGUAGAGUGGCUGUUAAAGCUAGUCAAUUAGGUCUUCCUAUGUCUUCUAAUUUAAUAAUUGUAGAAAGGCUUCGGAGUCGAUUAGGAUUAACAGGAAUUGCUUUAGAAGACUCAGCUUUAGUGAAAAAUAUGUUGUUAUUUCAAAACCAGAUGGCAUACCCAGUAGAUUUGUCAGACUUUGCUAAACAUUUGAAUGUGUCAGUUGAAGAUAGCUCACUUAUCAGUUUAUUUAAAAUGUAUCAAGAGGAUGAAAAUUCAAUGACAAUUGAUUUUAAAAAAUAUUUGUUAACAGAAUAUAUUUUACAAAAAGCAGUAACCAAAGAAGAUUUAGUCAUUCUAGCUUUUAAACUUUACAAUGAAUAUUUUAAUAUGAACAUGUUUGGAUAUGUUUUAAAUUUGAUAUAUAAUACAUCUAAAUCAGAGGCACUCGUUUUAUAUGGUGAAAUGACUGGAAAUCCAAAUAAAAUAAUAUUAUCUGAUUAUAUGAAAUAUAAUAAAAGUCACCCUGAAAAAAUGGAAGAAUUACUAAAUAACAAUAUAAAUUCAUCUCCUAGAACUGUAGCAGAUUUUUCAAGUUGUGGUCAAUCUUUAGAAGUUUUUGGUGAUAAAAAGUAUCAAUGACAGGAAGAAACAUCCAAAUGUACAAUUGUACCUAUCACAGACUGACGAAGUUAAAAUUUUAGAAUUUGUUUGUUUACCUUACGAGUAGAAAUUGUUAUUUUGUAUAUUAUAAUUAAAAUGAAUUAGUGUAUAUAUAUAUAUACACACACAACAGAACUGAUGUACAGGGAUAAGAGGCUUUUUUAAAUGUGUUAAAUUAUUAAACAUUAAUAUUUCCAAUUAAUAUUAGACAUUACCAUAAUGUCAAUUUUUUCCUUGAGAUGUUUUGCUUUAUUUAUUGUUUGUUACAAUUUUAACUUCCAAUAUUUUCUUCCUUUAACUUUUAAAUAAUAAUUUGAGGAUAAU